AUGGAGGCACAUGAUUUCAACUACAUGGGAUGUGGAUACGAUAAGGAAGACAAAGCAGCUAGAGCUUAUGAAUUAGCAGCCCUCAAGUAUUGGGGUCCCACCACCACCACAAACUAUCCGGUUUGCAACUAUGAGAAAGAGCUUGAAGAAAUGAACAACAUGACUAGGCAAGAAUUUGUUGCUUCACUUAGAAGGAAAAGCAGUGGUUUUUGUAGACUAGCCUCAAUUUAUAGAGGUGUGACAAGGUGUCCUCUUUAUUCUUUGGUUCAACCCAUGUGCACAACUCACUAUCACUUAUUCUUUUCAUUUGUGGAUUUCUGCCUUUGA